GGAGGCGCCACAUUCCACAGCAAUUUCAAAAUGGCUUCGUUUUUGUGUGGUACUGGCUGCCAUAGUGCUGGCAUACUUUGGUAACGUAUUUUAUGUUGUGACUUACGGAGUUGCGAUGGAAGACAGAGAGAGAAAGAAAAGGGACAAGCUGCCGCAUCGCAGGCGUCACUCGCGUUCGCUUUCCCCAGACUGGAGAUCCAGACCGAUCAAGGUUGAGAAGCUGAGCUCUGAAGAAAGAUCCGUUUCAAAGAGAGAUCUUGAACGGCAGAAGCGAAGAGAAAAUGCUGGUACCCAUCGAGAGAGUCAUCAUCGACGGCGAAGCAAGUCCCCUGAUAGGUCCAGCCACCACUGGCACAACCGGGAUAACAGGCACAAACAAAGGCAUAGGUACGAUGACACAGCUCCCGAGGGAACAAGACACAGAGAGCGAACUGAGAGGCACCGAAGGAGUGCUUCGGAACAAAGGGAGGGUGAAAGACAGUGGGGAAAGAAAGAAACCAACAAAGAAGAAGAGAACAAGCCAAAAGCCAAGCCAGACUUUGGACUUUCAGGCAAGCUGGCUGAAGACACCAAUAUCUUCAAUGGAGUUGUGAUUAAAUACAAUGAGCCACCUGAGGCACGCAAAGCUAAGCGUAGGUGGAGGCUCUACCCAUUUAAGGGCGACAAGUCACUCCCAAUCAUUCCCCUUCACAGGCAGAGUGCUUAUCUCCUCGGAAGGUCUCGUUUGAUAGCGGAUAUCCCUAUAGACCACCCGUCGUGUUCCAAACAGCACGCCGUACUCCAGUUUCGCUUGGUAGAAUACAAGCGUGAUGACGGCACGACAGGGCGUAGGGUGCGACCCUACAUCAUUGACCUUGAAUCUGCAAAUGGGACUUUUGUUAACAACAAGCAGAUCGAUCCUCGCUGCUACGUUGAGCUCUUGGAGAGGGACGUCAUCAAGUUUGGAUUCAGUUCCAGGGAAUAUGUCAUUCUACAUGAAGAGUCGAAAGGGGAGGAAGCAGAUGACGAUGUGGCAGGUGAAGAGACUGCACCGGAGACUGCAGCAGAGACUGCACCAACUGCGACAGAGACUGCACCAUAAAAAUAUGUGUGUGUGUGGACAAUACCACUGUAGUUCACUAGUAUGAGAACGCCGAGGUCUGGGGCUGCUCCUGCCCAUGUUUGGAUGGUCUCUAUGUGUGACACACCUUUGGAAACAAACAGUUAUGUGUGCUAUACCUUCUCAAGUGCAGCAUUUAAAAACAACAGUGGUCUGGAAAGAUUACAGUACUGUACAGGCAUGAUGCAGCAGAAGCAUUGCAGAAGCUUUUUUUUUUUUAACGAAGGCUCCACAAAUUAAAAUAAGCACCAAAUGUGCCUGAAUGAUUAGAGGUUCUACAGAAUGAAAAAAAGAGAAAAAGUUUUCAGAUCUUUUUUUUUUUUUUUUUCAGAAGCAUGUUUAUUGCAAGUUUGCAUAAUGCAUCUACAGCCACAGUUCUUAAAAUUAGGGAACUCAUAGACCUUAAGCAAGGGGAUCUGUGUGACAUCAAAUAACACACACACUGCAUAGGCCAUUUCUGCUGUUCCUAUGCAAUCUUGUGCCCGUAACGUGGCAUCCCUUGUGCUAAAUGCCACCUUGUAAAUGUGCAGCCACAGCAAGAUUUCCAAACAGCAGCCCCUGUGCCAUUGUGUUAUAAGUGUCGCAAACAUGUUGGAAAUAAAAACCAUUUUGUCAUCAAAUUUUUCCAGA